CCAGUACUUCAUAUUAGUCCAUCUCUUGGCUCACAUUGUGCGUUUCAUCCUCAUCAUAUACUGCUAUUUUAGAAUUGCAGCUCAAAGUGUGGUUGCUUUUCAUUCAGCCUGAUGGAGCUGUCAUUGCCUGGGUUAGUUAUGCUUCAGAUGCUCUGUUUGGCUACUGGAUAUCCCAAUGGGGCUCCUACUGGCGCCUGUGAAGACAUGACGCCUCGCCACACUGGUGUUCUGCCGCAGCCGUCCCCAGCGCCCUACACUCUGCUGGUCAACACUGGGACCUUUCAGCAGGGCAAGGCCAUUACUGUGACUAUCAGUGGACCAGAGUAUCGUGGUGUGCUUCUGGAAGCUCGGACAGACGGCAGCACUAAUGCUCUGGGGAGCUGGCAGCACCCUGCUCCAGACACAAAGUUUCUUCAGUGCACAGGGAAUCCACAAGGUGCUAUUACUCAUGCAAACACCAACCUGAAGGGCGAAUCCACUGCAUACAGCUGGAUACCUCCUGACUCUACGAGCCCUGUCUACUUCAUGGCCACAGUAGCUCAGCAGCGCGCAGUCUUCUGGGUAAAUGUGAGGUCCGCCGUUCUGAAAAGAGGGAAACCAGAGAGUCUGGGAUUGGCUACAGAAGCAAAUGCAGGAAUGGCUAAAGAAAAACCUGUGCUUCUCCUCGGGAUAUGUUUCCUGAUGAUACUGGUGCUGUCGUGAACAUCAUGGGAAAAGACCAUGUUUUCCUGCAAUCUAUUGGGCUCUGUAUAAUGCUUUGUAUUAAUCACAAUUUUUUUUUUGACUAUCUCCCUUUAAAAAUACACACUUUUGCAGACAUUAUAUCAUUAACUCAAACCACAAGCAUGAACACAAAAUAAUUUCCCUCGCCAUAGACAUCAUUUAUAGAUGUUUAUUUUGUUUCAUGCAGUCAUGUCCACACCUUUUAUGGUGUGUGUUCAGUCCUAUUUAAUACAUAAUAAAACACGCGGACUUCUGCAAAGAGAGGAAAUGGGGCACCUUUAGGGACAUUAACUGACAUUUAAAACAUUUCAACGCUUUCAACUAAAUGCAUUCAAGUUUUUAUAAAGAAAUGUAUGAUUACAUAAGAAAAGGUCAGUCAUUCUGGUGCGUUAUCCCUCUGGCUCUUUUGAAAUAUAUACUCUGCUACAGAACAAUGAUAUUGUUUAACAACAAGCACGUCACACUCUUGCUCCCAUAUAUAUGUGCAUGAUUUACACGGUAAACCCCUGCAUGAUUAAAGACUUGCCCUGUAUGUUAAGUUUAGUAAAUGGGUUAUCAACCUUAAUUUUUUUCACCAGACUUUUCUUUGUAUUGUAUGUCUCUCUGAUGAUAAAAAAAAUCCAUCACUUCACAUAUUAAAAGAAAAACUCAUCAAAUUAAUGUUAUCCCUUUAAUUUCAGAGAGAGAAAGAAAUGGAUUGAUAGAGAGAGGUUGGUUGUUAUUGACAGAAAUUCAUUCCACUUACCCAGAGCGUGUUAUGAACUGCUUAUUCCACAUCGUUUGAUCUAUAACCUAGAUUCCCUGUAUGUUGAUGAACAAAAACCUAGGCAGAUACUAAAGAGGCUUAAGGCAUGCAUUACAUGUGAGAUUUAAAGCUCAAUAUUCAUCAUGUCCUGCUUGACUCACAUUUCUCAGCUCCACAUGCUGCAGCACCUCCUGACAGCUGUGCCAUAACCAGAGGAGCAGGGGCAGAGUCUACUUUACUUAAACAGGCGAAGGAUUCAAAUGUUAUAUAUAUAUAUCGCCCACAAUUCAAAUAAACAGCAACAAAAACACAUGUGAAUGUUGAGGAUCUUUCCAUUUGAUAACCUAUAUCUAAUAUUUAUACAUCUUUCGAAAGAUUCAUACAAUUAUCUUGAGCAGUGAGACAGCAAACAUGACAGAAAUAAAAAAAAGGUUUAACCGCUCCUAAAUAAGUCAGAUCAGAAGAAUGAUCAUCAGCAGAAAUAAUUAAGCUUUAUAUUUCUACUCCACUCCAAUAUCAGAAAUAUUGAAACUUUUAACCUCACUAAAUUUUUCUGUCGAUUUAAGAGACUUUGACAAAUCAGAUUGAUAUUGCAAAAACCAACAAAUAAGUUCUCACGUAUAAUUUAGCUUACAGUAGUAAAUCAAUUAAGCUCUUCCUCUGCCAGUGACUGUGGCUCAGAGAGGGUUGUGUGUGUGCGAAUGGUUUAAUGUUGGCAUUUUUUAAAGCGCUUUGAGGGCUUGGAAGACUUCGAAGGCGCUGUAUAAAUGCCAAGUCCAACAUUCAACACAUUAAUGCAUCACUAUUUCUAAUUCAAUUAUAUAAUACAGUUUUUUACCGUUUUGAAAAAUUAGUACUUUUUUUCCACAUUGUGAUGCCAAUACUUUUGUUCUCUGCUUAGAUACAAUUUUAUAUGCAGGGCUUUUACUUGAAACAGAGUAUUUCGUCACUCUGUCUACAUUUCCAUUUCAGGGGAUGGGCCAAGUAACAUAUUAUUGGAAGUUGUCGCCUCUGCAGAGAACUUUAUAAAAGUAUAAAUCUACUGCACUGACUUAAUACAUCAACACCUGAUAAUCAUGCUGGUGCUUUGUCUAUAAAUGGGGCGAAGCCUGCGAGCUAUUUCAGGCAGUCAACUCGAGCACUUAUGCUGCAUUCAUACAUAACGCCCCU